AUGGAAUCAACUGAGCCAUCUACACCUCCAAAUACAGCUAGACAAGCUUCUACUCUCGAUACUGAAGCCUUCAACAUGACUGAUACCUUUACUCCCCUUCUGUGGUCCCAGAACGGUCAGCAGGAACAGAACCAACAAAAUCAACCAACAGCUCCUUUGGACAUGAAUCAAGCCUUCUUGAUGAUGCUACAGAGGACGCAAGCAAUGGAUGAACGCCAACAACUCAUGCAAGAGCAGGUUCUUGAGCUUCAUCAACAACAACAAAAUGCUGCACCACCCCAGGGUGCUAGAACACACAGAGAUGAUGCCACUGUAAAGGGGAGCGUACGUGCGUUGUUCCCUGCGACAGGAACCGGGUUGUGA